AUGUGUGUAUGUGGUUUAUUUCGUCCUGUAAAAGCAUUACGGUUUGUGUGGAAGCAAAGUUACAAGGAUCUUCUUCCCCCUGUUACUAUCCCUACUUAUGUAUGUGGACAACGACGUCUGCCCAACACUAGUGUAGGCAAAAUCAACAGUAAAAGCAGCAGCAGUAAUACUAAUAAUAAUAAUAAUAAUAAUAAUAAUAAUAAUCAUCAUCAUCAUAAUAACAGUAGUGGUGUACCAGUGGUAGUGGAGAGUCCAUCUGAUGCUGCUGGGAUUCUUACAUUUUUAACGGAUUCAACUGAAGCAGCAGUUUCUUCACUGCAUGAUGUUGCACAAUCAACACACAAACUCUCCUACACAGACCGGUGCUGUGUGCUUGACAAUUUAUCUACAUUACUAACUGAAAAUUCAGAACUACUUGCCUCAUCAGAAGCACUGGUCACUGGAAUGUGCUUGCGUGAUGCACGGCGUUCCAUUCAAGACGCUGUGAAAUUUAUCGUAUCUUGUAGACAACGUUUACAAACACAUAAAAUGAUAUCAAAUAAUACAGAUGUUGAUAUAGCGUACGUAGAUGAUGUACUCUGCACGCUUGGAUAUACAGAUAGUAUGACACAUAACGAAGAUGCGUGUUUGGCAUUAUGUUUCAGUGCGGCAAACUUUCCACUUCAGUGGGGGAUGGAAUUAGUGGCCGCAGCCAUUACUCGUGGAAGUACAGCGGUGUGGAUACCAUCACUUGAAGCUCCUUUAUCGGCUCUUUGGCUUAUACAUCUCCUUUCACAAGAACAGAAGAAGAAUAGGAGUAAGGAUACAGAGACAUUUCCACAUGAGGCUUUAAGUAUCAUUUUAUGCCGUGGUGAUCAAGUUGUGAGGAAUUUUAUUCCUCAACUUAAUGAAAACCAGAGAGUGAUAGGAUUGACAAAUGGCUUUGGGUAUAAUGAGAUAAACUGUAAUUCAGGUUCAUCUAAAAUACCAUCAGGAUCAAAUGAUACAAACAUAAUGCAGAGAUGCAGAUGGCACCAUCGAAUGUCAAAAUCCUCAAUAGCCAUUGUGGGAUUAAAUCACAACAUUCCAUCAUCAUCAUCAUCAUCAUUAUCAUUAUCAAUAACAACAUCAUUGGAUGUUCAACAGAUUGCGAAGCGUAUUUGCCAUGAUGCAUUCCACUGCAAUGGACGUACAUUACAUCCCCUCCAUCUCGUCUUUAUUCCACAGGAACACAUACUCUCCGUGCUGCGCGGUAUCGUUCAGCAUAUACGCCAAUUACGUGUGGGCCACAGUCUUGAUCCCGCUGUGGAUAUUGGGCCACUGCCCGGCGCAGCACAUCUUAACGCUAUGAAGUCUGCUGUAGAGAUGGCUGUCUGUUGUAGUGAUGUGCAUCUUCAACAGGUGUGCGGUGGAUUUGAGUUGGCCAUGCCAGCUGGGUUUUUCUGCACACCUUGUGUAUUGUACGGGACCGUAGCGAAUGUCCAUACCGCAGCAGAGAGUGAAAAUGCUAUUCGUGUAAUGUGUGUAAAUAUGGCGAAGAUACGUUCAGAGUUGAAUCCAUACGGUGGAGGACCUCUGUUAGUUGUCUGUGGUUACAACCCACAAGAACAACAAGAAGGACUUGAGUUGGUACUUCAUGACACCACAGAGUAUGUGAUUCAUUACUGGUGA